AUGGACGCCUUCUUCGUGCUGUUCAGCGGCUACCUGGUGUUCUUCAUGCAGUGCGGAUUCUGCAUGCUGUGCGCGGGCUCCGUGCGCGGCAAGAACGCCAAGAACGUCAUCCUGAAGAACCUGCUGGACACGUGCUUCGGGGCGCUGGGCUGGUACGUCAUGGGCUACGGCCUGGCCUUCGGCGAGACGGCCAACGAGUUCCUUGGGGAGUCCAGCUUCGCUCUGCGCGACGUGCCCCACAGGGUUUACAGCAACUGGAUGUUCCAGUACGCGUUCGCGGCGACGGCCACCACGAUCGUGUCUGGCGCCGUGGCCGAGCGCACCAAGUUCGAGGCCUACCUGGUGUACGCGUUCUUCCUGACGUCCUGGGUCUAUCCCGUCGUCGCCCACUGGAUAUGGGCCCACACCGGCUGGCUGACGGCCUUCAAGGUGUUCAGCGCCGACCUCUUCAACGGCACGGGCGUGAUCGACUUCGCUGGCUGUGGCGUUGUGCAUAUGGUGGGUGGUCUAUCAGGACUGGCGGGUGCAUGGAUGGUGGGUCCCCGACUGGGACGCUUCGACGCAGAUGGGAAGCCAAGGGAGAUCCCUGGACACUCGGCCUCCCUGGCCCUGCUGGGCGUCUUCAUCCUGUGGUUUGGAUGGUACGGCUUCAACCCAGGAAGCGCCCUUGCCAUUGUGGGUGCAUCGGACGUGGCUGCCCUCUGUGCAGUGAACACCACUUUGGCAGCCUCUGCAGGAAGCAUCUCUGCCCUGCUCCUGUCGAUGAUCAUCAGCUACUAUGUCUCGGGCAACAUUGUGUGGGAUGUGAUCGGUGCGGGGAAUGGUGCACUGGCUGGUCUGGUGUCGAUCACGGCAUCCUGUUCAGUUGUCCAGCCCUGGGCAGCACUCAUCAUCGGCUUCAUUGGAGGAUUCGUGUAUGUGGCCUCGUCCAACUUCGUCCUGCAUGUUCUCAAGGUUGAUGACCCCUUGGAUGCAAUUGCAGUGCAUGCAUUCUGUGGGAUGUGGGGCCUCGUUGCCGCAGGUUCUUUUGCUGAUGAUGCCCUCCUGAGGAGUAGUUACCCAGCUCUCCUAGAUGAUUCCAAUCAGCCCGUUUCCCGAAAUUACGGCUGGGUUAUGGGUGGAGAUGGCAAGCUGCUGGUGUCUGCCGUAACGGGCAUUGUCGCCAUACUGGGAUGGGUGCUGUUUCACAUGGUGCCUUUCUUUGCGGGUCUGAAGCUGGUGGGGCUGCUGAGGGUGCUGCCCGAGCAGGAGCACGAGGGGCUCGAUAUCUCGCACCACGGAGGGAGCGCGUACCCGAAGGAAAUGGUCAGAUCUGGCAGCUGGGGGUCAGCCCAUGGCGGCGAGGCGUACAUUAAGUGA